CCCACUUUUGUGACAAUCACAAUACUAAAUGUUUUGUUUACGAAAUACUUCCAUUGUGAUAAUAAUAUAAAACAACAAAAUGUGUGAUAAUCAAAACAGUUCCGACACAGGAACAAUUAACAAACAAGACAAUCAGGGCAGCGAAACGACUGGUUCGGAGGACCAACUUUCGGAAAGUAGUAUGACGUAUAGAAUCACGAACAUGGCUCAGAACAUGUCGAUAGCUGAGGAUAAUAGGAACUUUUAUUCGGACCCUCAUAGUCCGUGCUCAUUUCGUAUGCCCAUAGUGGGCUAUGAGAUCAUGGAGGAACGACCCAAAUUUACGGUGUACAAAAUAAAAGUGGAGAACACAGAAACGGGCGGCUUUUGGUACGUAUUUCGACGUUACACCGAUUUCGUGCGCCUCUGCAACAAAAUCAAACGUUCACAUCCAGAUGUAGUGAGAUAUUUGCCUCGAAAAAGGUGGUUCAAAAACAAUUAUGACUCACUCUUCCUUGAAGAGAGGGUCAAUGAUUUACAAACCCUGGUCAAUGCUAUCUUGAAUAUCCCUGAGUUACUGACGUCACAGGACAUUCAAGAUUUCUUCUGUUUGAACGAGGCACCCGUGUAUUCAGACACCAAUGAUGAAUCAAGGAUUGUCCUCGAGGCACUCGAAGAAACAAUUAAUGAUCUCAAGCAGCAGAUACAAGAAAAAGACAUGGCGUUAGACGCUUUGCAUGAUAAUCUCCAUUCUACAGUAUUAGAAAAUGAGCACCUUAAAAAAAUUAUUAGGAAUUCUACACUGAAUUGCCAAAAAUGUCAGAAGGAUUAUGAGAAUUUAACCAAGUUACUACAAUGAUGUAGGUUGUUAUAUGUUAAUUUAAGGAAUCAAAAGUUCUAUACCAGUUAAUAGUUUAGUUAUUUAUUAAAUAGUUUUAUAUAUUUAUACAACAUAACUCUAUGUAGAUAUUGUGGACCAUGACAAUAAAAGAGAUAUAUUUUUUAAGCAAUAAAUAUUUACAAUAUAA